AUGAGAACAGAGUUCGAUCAUUUGAAUUCACGGUUACAAGAGACCCGCUGGAAAAAUGAGGAAUUGAAUGAAAAAGUUGCAUUGAUCAGCGGUCAACUGGAAAACAUAAUGCUGGAAAAAAAGGAAGAAUUGCGCACACUUGAGGAAAAUUUCAAGGAAAGACUGGAAACGAUACGACUGCAGAGCGAAUCCGAAUUGUUGGAAAAAGAGAAACAAUUAUCUUUGAAGAAUGAGGAAUUAGUAACAAGAGAAAUAUUUUACAGAGACGAAAUCGCAUUAUUGAACGACAGAAUUCACGUUUUAGAGGACAAGCUUGAAACAAAAAUUGAAAAUGAGGAUGCAUUGCAGUCUUUUUUGAAAGAACAAUGUAGCACGAUGAAAGAGGAAUUUUUGAAAAUGAGGAACGACAUGGAAGUGUCCGCUCGGAGUGAGAAUCAAACAUUGAUCGAUAAAAUUUCAUCGUUGAAAAAAAUCAUUAUGAAAUUAGUCAAAUCAAAGGAGAAACAGAGCAUCGAAUUUGAAACGAAAAUGGCACACGUGCUGAAGACGAAAGAUUUGGAGAUAAAAAAUUUAGAGCUCCAACUGCAGGAACAGCAAAACGAAAUAUCAGCUACUUUAAGCACGGAAAAACAAUUCGAAUUGGACAGUCUGGUGAGACUUCUCGAAGAGCGGUACAAAGCACUUUUGGCAGCGACUGAUGCAAGCGUAGGGAAUCAAAGGCAAAAUUUUCUCAAAAAAAUAACGUUGCUCGAGAGUCAAGUUACUUGCAUGAAGAACAAUCUUGUCGAAGGUGAUUCAUACGUAUGAGAUUUUACUACUACCAUUUUUUUUAUUUUAUUACCUG